AUGAUCAUCACUAAGAAAACGACGGCCAGGUUUAGCCCCACCGUCAAAAACGGCGGUGGAGGUCUACACUCGCAGCCGCUGAAACAGAUGUUGCUGCAACUUCAAGCAAAGUGGAGAGUCCUUAAAUGGAUUGUUUCUCUAUUGGUUUUGACAGUUUUGCUGUCUUUAGCUGUCUACCAUUUGGCGUCAUUAAUUGUUCAGCCACUGCCGCAAAUUUCAAGAUAUCCUCCAUUUGUGCCACCGCUGAUCGCAGCCAAACAAGAAUCUACCAACACUGCGGCGAAUGAGGCAGAAGAUAGGAGAAAUUUGGUUAGAAUCUUGGAAGAAGCAUCGAUGAAGGACAAGAAGACGGUGAUAGUAACGAUCAUGAACCAGGCUUCGGCGGAGCCAAAUUCGACGUUUGAUGUAUUUCUUGAGGGGUUUCUAACCGGGGAAGGGACGGAGAGGCUGCUCCGUCACGUGGUGGUGGUUUGUUUGGAUGAUAAAGCCUACUCAGAGUGCUUGGAGGUCUUUCCCCGCCGUUGCUACUUGCUGAGGACUACCGGAGUUGAUUUCUCCGGCGAGGAUUAUGUCAAAAUGAUGUGGCGCCGGACCGAGUUCUUAGGUUAUUUGCUUAAGCUUGGAUAUAACUUCCUCUUCACGGACAUGGAUACAAUUUGGCUUCGAGAUCCAUUUCCUCGUUUAUUCGAGGAUGUAGAUUUUCAGAUCGCUUGCGAUUUCUUCUCCAUCGGAUUUUUCAGUGAGACGUGCAAUUCAGCCAAUGGCGGAUUCAAAUUCGUCAUUGCGAACAACAGAACAAUGGAGUUCUACAAAUAUUGGUAUGAGUCAAGAAUAAGAUUCCCUGGCAAAAGCGAGCAAUACGUGCUUAACCGGAUCAAAGAAGAUGAGUACGUUAACAAGAUCGGGCUUAAGAUGAGGUUUUUAGAUGCAAUCGACGUUGGAAAUUUCUGCCAACAAAAUUGGGAUAUUACGAAACUCUGCGUAAUGCAUGGGAAUUGUUGCGUUGGACAGGCUAAUAAGGUUAAUGAUUUAAGACAAGUUCUUGAGGAUUGGACCAAUUAUUUUUCAAAUGGCGACCGGGAAAGAGGAUUUCGACAGCCGAUGAAUUGCCGGAGAAGUAUCAUGGGGAUGUUACACGAAUAG